AAUAAUGUCGCUGUCACUGUUUGGGGGGGGGGCUGGGGCGCGCUCUAACCCGGUCACAACGCGGGGAAGUUGCUCACGGUUUUUCUGCGUUGCCAUGGGGUUUUUGUAAAACCUAUUGACUGCGAUAGGGUCCCUUCUUUUCUUUGAGUCAGUCUUUGUGGAGGAGGUAAAACCCGCUAUUACUUUUCUAGCAGAGGCGGGAGGAGCGAGAGUGCCAUCUGAGGGAGGAGGGAGGUGCUCCGGUCCAGACCAACUGGAAGGCAAAGCGGCGUUACGCGAACAGCGAGACCUGCCUCUGCCUUAUUCCAGCGGUGGACCAGAUUCAACUUUCUGAGCGGCUGCCACGGCAUGAGUUACUCCUAAAGGUAUCGCAUCUUUGGUGUUCCAGGGAAAUGAACUGAGAGCGUAGGAGAGACCACUCACUUCUUUCAAGGAUGUCUAGGAUUUACAGUGAAACCAUGAGGUUGCAGAGGAGCCACGGAUUCUCCCCGGUGCUGUUCUUCGUCACCUGUUUUUGUGCCUUCUACAUGACAGCAGCCAUCGAUAUACCACUGGAGGUUGAGCAGCUGCCCACCAUCACAGCUCAGUCACCCAGCUCUCUCAUCGCCUUCCCUUUUGAUGAGAGCUUCCCCAUGCUGUGUGAAGCCAAAGGGAACCCGGAGCCAGAAUUCAAAUGGAUGAAGAAUGGCCAGGAAUUCGACCCCUCUUUGGAUCCCCGGCUGAUGAAAGAGGAGAAUUCUGGGACCUUUGUGAUACCUAAUAAUGAAAACCUUACAGAGUACCAGGGAAUCUACCGCUGUUACGCCUCAAACAAACUGGGGACCGCCAUAUCGCAAAGGAUUGAGUUCAUUGUGCCCCACGUCCCAAAGUUUCCUAAAGAGACGCUGGAUCCUGUCGUGGUGGAGGAGGGCCAGGCCUUCACGUUGAAAUGUGAUCCACCUAAAGGGAUACCUCCUCUGCAGAUCUACUGGAUGACUAUUGGUCUUCAGCACAUAGAACAAGAUGAGAGGGUGUCAACGGGGUUAAAUGGAGACCUUUACUUCUCCCACGCUGUGGAAAAGGACAGCAGAAGAGACUACUGCUGCUUCGCCGCCUUUCCCAGAAUAAGAACCAUCGUUCAGAAGACUGCUAUGUCUGUCAUUGUCAAGAUAAAAAAAAGUGACAUUAGUCCUGAGGCUGCUAAUGCCAUCCCAGAGAGGAGACCUACUCUUCUGACGCCCUCUGGUGUCAAAACAGAGGUACAGCUUAUCAAAGGAGAGGACUUAAAACUGGAGUGCAUUGCUGAGGGAUUUCCAACUCCUCAGGUUGAGUGGGUGAAGAUGGGUAACACACUCCCAACUAAAGCAAAGCUGGAGAAUCAUGGGAAACUGUUGACUGUUCAGAGAGUUGAACAAGAGGACAGCGGGAAGUACAUGUGCAAGGCAAAGAACGCGCUUGGAGAGGCUGUUCAUUACUUCACAGUGACUAUAGAGGGGCUUCCAGAGUGGGUGUCUGAGCCUGAGAGUCAGCUUCACAUGAUUGGUUCAGAUGUGCUCAUCAAAUGCUCGGCCAGUGGGACUCCUCAACCUACUAUAACAUGGACGGUGAACGGAGAACCACUGCAGGGAGUCCCUGCUGCCAACAGGAAGGUGUUAGAUGAUACUAUACUUAUACAUAAUGCCAAAGCAUCUGACAGUGCGGUCUACCAGUGUGAGGCAUCCAACAGACAUGGAACCCUGCUGUCUAAUGCCAACAUCAUGAUUAUGAAUCUGCCUCCCAUCAUUUUGACUAAGGAGGAGGAGGAUUACUCCGCUGUGGAAGGGAGAGGAGCAAUGAUGCACUGCAAGGUCUUUAGUUCUCCUCCCUCCACCAUCACUUGGAGCAGAGAUGACUCCACUGAAUCAGUGGAGGGACCAAGGUUUACCAUCCAUGACAACGGAUCGCUGGAGAUACUGGGUGUAGAGAAAGAUGACAGCGGGCAGUAUAUAUGUUUUGCUAAAAACACUGAGGGACUGGAUGCCGUCGAAGCGAUGCUUUAUGUGAAAGAUCCCACUAGAAUAGUCGUGCCCCCAGAGGACCUGCAGAUCUUAAUAGGUACCACGGCCCAGCUCUCAUGCCUGGCAGAGUACGACAAGUCCUUCAGCAACGACUUUGAGCUCCUGUGGGAAAAAGAUGAUAUGGAGAUAGCCCUCAACUACACUGAGAAUUCAAGCAGAUACUUUGUGGAAGACGGUGUUCUCCAGAUUAUCAAUGUAAGCCACGUGGACAAGGGUGUGUACACAUGUGUGGCAAGAACUCCAGUGGACCAGCAGACAGCCUCAGCGCUGCUCACUGUGUUAGAUGUCCCAGAGCCCCCGGAGUACUUGGUCCUGUCUGAACGCAAGAGCAGAAGUGUGAAACUGAAAUGGAUCCCUGGAGACGAUCACAACAGCUCAACAACAGAGUUUAUCAUCGAGUACGAGGAAAGCCAGUGGGAGCCAGGUAACUGGAAGGGGAUGCUGCGAGUACCUGGGAACCUUAACUCGGCUGUCCUUAAACUCCACGGCCACGUCGACUACUGCUUCCGUGUGUCUGCCGUUAAUGCUAUAGGGAGGGGUCGUCCCAGCGAGCCCACAGAGAGAUACAAACCCCCCGCAGCAGCCCCUGACAGGAACCCUGAAAAUAUCAAAAUCGAAGGUCAUUUGCCACAUGAAAUGGAUAUCAACUGGGAGCCCUUGUUACCUAUUGAGCAGAACGGACCCGGUCUGGAGUAUAAAGUGAGUUACAAGAGACAGGAUGUAGAGGAGGACUGGCAGGAGCACAUGGUGAAGAGGCACUCAUUUGUGGUGAAGAAAACUCCCACUUUUGUGCCAUAUGAGAUCAAGAUCCAAGCAAAGAACCACCAAGGCUGGGGCCCCGAACCCAGGAUAGUGUCUGGCUACUCAGGAGAGGACUUUCCAUCUGCUGCACCUGAAGAUGUUGCUGUGGAGGUGAUGAACAGCUCCACGGUGAAGGUUAGCUGGAUGCGCAUACAUAAGGACAAGUUACAUGGACAUCUGGGAGGCUACAGGAUAAAUUGGUGGCGCCUGCGCAGUCUAGUUGAGUCCAAGAAAAGCCAUGGAGAAAAACAAACACUGACGCUCCCUGGAGACCGGAACCAUGCUGCUGUACCGGGACUGUUGCCCUUCUCUGAGUACAGCCUCAUCGUCAUGACCUUCAAUGGGCGGGGCAACGGCCCGGGCAGCCAUCCUGUCAACUUCAAAACCCCAGAGGGAGUUCCCCAGAAAAAUCCAGUUUUCAGGGUCAUGGAUGUACAGAAGCACACCGUCUCCCUGGACUGGGCACCACCAUUAGAGCCCAAUGGAAUUCUCACCGGGUACCUCCUGGAAUAUCAGCUCAUCAACGACACAGAGGAAGUGGGUCCACUGCAGACGGUCGACAUCAGCAAACCUGACACCACCAAGUGGAUUCUGCGUGACCUGGAGUCUGUGAGCAGAUACAAGUUCUACCUCCGCUCAUGCACCAAGGUGGGCUGCGGGCCUGUCGUCACUGAGGAGUGCACCACCACACUAGAAACAAGCAGGUCAGCUUCCCCCUCACCUCCAAGCACUGCAAAGUCCCCUGUGACCAAACCCACUCGCCUCACUAUAGGUGAGGCUGUCUGGAACAUAUCAGAUGCCUUGCACGACUCUAAGACUUUCCACAACAUUGAACCGCCUGAACCACGGACUGAGUACACAGUGCGACUGAUUGCAAACAGCUGGGUUGAUAAUUCUAGUAUAUUUGAAGAUGUUAUCACAACUGGGUCUACAGGUCUGGCCAGCACACACGAAGGAAUAUCCACCCAGGGCUGGUUCAUCGGCCUGAUGUGUGCCAUCGCCUUCCUCACACUCAUUGUGUUGAUCGCCUGCUUUGUCAACAGAAAUAAAGGAGGGAAAUACUCUGUUAAAGAAAAAGAAGACCUUCACCCAGACGUGGAGUCCCAGGGUAUGAAUGACGACACAUUUUGUGAAUACAGUGACAAUGACGAGAAGCCACUGAAGGGCAGCCAACACUCGCUGAGCAAAGAGAUCAAAGCAGGGGACAGCGGGGACAGCCUGGUGGACUAUGGCGACGAGGAUGUUCAGUUCAACGAGGACGGCUCCUUUAUCGGAGAGUACGCGGGGCAAAAGGAGAAGAGAGCAUCUGCUGAGAUCAAAGCCACCACUCAGACCUCGGCAUGAGGAGUGGCCCUGCCAUCCAUCGCCCUCCUGACACUGUUCUCACGUGCUGAGAGGAACAAGUGAAAAAAGGAAACAGACAUUAUCCAACCAAGCACAGGGUUUUGUGUCAAAUGUAAUGCGUCAUUGCCAACUGCGUACUGCCACCCACAUUUUGUAAAGCUCUUUUUUUGUCAAGUUGCUACAGAAUGACCGUUACUAAAUACUGUGUAAAUAUAGUGUA